AUCCAUAUCACCAUAAAUACCAUGGCACCUGUCCACAAUCUCUGCUCACAAAUACAGAACAGCUUUCGAUGGAAGCUCCGCCGUGUUGCGGUCCCACACAGCGCGACCAACCGAGCGAUCUGCCAAAUUUUGUAUGAAGAAGGUUUUGUCUCUACGCUAGCAUCCGGGGAUGAGACAGGACCUUUUCAGAGAGGAGUAGAAGUUCCGAUAACUCCAGACAAUAUUGCACGACGAAAGAUCUGGCUCGAUCUGAAGUACCGAGAUGGACAGGCGGUUCUACAGAAGAUGCGGGCCGUCUCCAAACCAUCGAGAAGAAUAUUUGCAUCUGUGGAGGAGCUACAGGCGAUUGCAGCGGCCAGAAGAGCGGGACCUUUGCUGAAGGGACAAGAAGUCGGACAAGUCACCAUUCUAGACACACCAUACGGAAUUAUUGAGCUGAAGGAAGCGUUGACGAAAGAGGUGGGCGGUGAAGUCUUGUGCAUAGCAGCAUAGAUUUGCGCUGGUGAUGAACGACUACGGAGAGAUAGUGGAACAGCAAGGUUUACUGCUCACAGGAUAGACAUUGUAGGAAAGAUUGGAAAUGGAGCGGGGUUUUGGAGGGCGUGUUGGAUAUUUGCAUGGAACACUAUUGUAUAUUACACUUAUUAGACGCUGUAACAUGCCUGAAGGCUGGUGAUCUUCAAGACAACAAGCGCUCAAAGGAAUAACGCUA